CAUGGCGGCGUCGUCGCGGUGCCCACCUGUGCGCGGGGCGCGCAUCCUUGCCCUCGGGCUGCUCCUGAUGCUGCUGCCGCUGCUGACGGCCCAGCCGAGAGGCUCGCCCGGAGGGGUGGUGCGGGUUCCCGUCUCCGAUCCAGAUGUGCAGGUGGCGGCCGCCUUCGCCGUGGAGGCUUACAACAAGGCCAGCACCAACUCCGUUUACAGCCGGGCGCUGCGGGUCCUGCUGGCGUCUCACCAG